AUGCUGGACCAACAGCGACAACAGCCGGGGAACGCAUGCGAAGAAUGUCGACGACGAAGAAUCCGCUGCGAUAGGACACGACCUCAAUGCACAGUGUGUGCUACAGCCGGUGUGGAAUGCAUAGUGCGAGACAGCUACCCGCCUCGAGGGCCCAAGAAAGGAUAUCUCAGGACGCUGCAGAAAAAGAUAGAGGAGCUCGAGAGCCAGCUAGAAAAACAGGGGACAUCUCCAGCACCGAUUUGCCAGACCGUGGACAACGACAGCAGCACAGACAACAAUGAAAACCAUACCACAACGCCCAAAACAACAGAUAUCCUGCAGUGGCCGGCAACACCGGUAGAGUUCCUAUUCCCCACGGUGAAACCUUGGGGAUGUUUCAACGGUUCAUACACGAGCUCGCCUCUUCAAUUGCCCCCAGUGGACAGUGUGCCAGAGUUGGUCCAAAUUCCAAUGGACUCCGGUCUCUUGAUAUCUCCCAUGAUGCACAAUGACCUGUAA